AUGGCCAAUCCAGAUGCGGCGGACGUCGUCAUCGAUGUCACCAAACUCACGCCUCUUUCGCCUGAAGUCAUCUCACGACAAGCUACCAUCAACAUUGGUACUAUUGGUCACGUCGCUCAUGGUAAAUCUACCGUCGUAAAGGCCAUCUCUGGUGUCCAAACAGUUAGAUUCAAGAAUGAAUUGGAACGAAACAUCACAAUCAAGUUGGGUUAUGCUAAUGCAAAGAUAUUUAAAUGUGAUGAGCCUGCUUGCCCUAGACCAGGAUGCUACAAAUCCUACAAGAGCGACAAGGAUGAUGGUUUCCCUUGUGAACGUGUAGGCUGCAUGGGUCGAAUGAGACUGAUACGGCACGUAUCAUUCGUGGAUUGCCCGGGUCACGAUGUACUCAUGGCGACCAUGUUGAACGGUGCCGCUGUCAUGGACGCUGCUCUACUAUUGAUUGCUGCAAACGAAACUUGUCCUCAACCUCAAACAAAAGAGCACCUGGCAGCUAUCGAAAUGAUGAAGCUGGAACACAUCAUCAUCAUUCAAAACAAGAUCGAUCUGAUCAAGGAAGACGCUGCUCUAGAACACUAUGAAAGCAUUCGAAAGUUUGUCGCUGGAACCCCUGCAAACAAUGCUCCCAUCAUCCCCAUUUCUGCUCAACUAAAGUAUAAUAUAGAUGCAGUCAACGAAUAUAUUGUAAAAAAGAUUCCGAUUCCCCCAAGAGACUUUACAUCCCCACCACGGUUGAUUGUCAUUCGAUCAUUCGAUGUCAACAAACCUGGUGCCGAAGUCAACGACCUAAAAGGUGGGGUAGCAGGUGGAUCUAUAUUAAGAGGUGUAUUGAGAUUGGGUGACGAAAUAGAGGUACGACCCGGUAUUGUUAGCAAGGACUCGGAGGGGAGAAUCAAAUGUAGACCGCUCUUCUCUCGUAUCGUAUCAUUAUUCGCCGAAAGCAACGACUUGAAGUUUGCUGUACCUGGUGGGCUUAUUGGUGUUGGAACUCGAGUAGAUCCAACUCUUUGUCGAGCAGAUCGUUUAGUCGGCCAAGUACUCGGCUCCGCCAGUGCUCUACCAGCUAUAUUUACAGAGUUGGAAAUAUCAUAUACGCUUCUUCGAAGAUUAUUAGGUGUCAAGACGGAUGACAAAAAGGAAACCAAGGUACAAAAACUCGCCAAAAAUGAAGUAUUGAUGGUCAAUGUCGGAAGUACAUCUACAGGAGGACGGGUCGUAUCAGUCAAGGAAUCAGCCAAGGAAGAACGAGUGGCCAAAAUAUUACUGAAUACUCCAACCUGUACCGAAAUUGGUGAAAACAUUGCUCUCAGUCGUCGUAUUGACAAGCACUGGAGGUUGAUUGGACGAGGCAAGAUUAAACGAGGAAGCACAAUCGAACUAGAGUAA